AUGGCGUACGCCAAGGAAAACUGCGAUAUCGCUGCUCUCAUGACGCAGCAGCGGCUACUGAGGCAGCAAGAGCAGCAGAUGAAAGCGGAAGUGCUGCGGCGUUCAAGAGUCAUGGCUUUUGCCCUUUGUGAAGACCGACCUCUGCCUCCCCCUCCUCCUCAGCAGCCAAUUGAGAGGCGUGUUAGCCGAGCUGCUCCUUGCUACCGUGAAGGUCAGGAUGGUGAAGCGGGCGUCUUUGAAGGAGGCCCCGGCUGUCCUCGCAGCUCAUGGAGGAGGGUAACUCGGGGGGAUGGACGGGAAGCCAGAGGCAUAGCAGCAGCAGUUGCGCGUAGACAGAGCGAACUGCAUCAGCAACAGAGGGAGCGACAGGAGCAGAUUCUGCGGCAGCAGCGGCUUCUGCAGCAGCCAUUUUCUUAUGAAUGUGCGAUGGAAGGUCACCUCUGCAAUGGCCGCGAGAAUAGUCCGUACACCUUUGACCUUUCUUCUCAAAAGUGUUUCCAGGGGCUAUCGCGGUUCCCUCGAUUCGCAACAGCCCCUAUGGCGUGGACGGGGGAAGCGAAACAGGGGUUGUCACGCGCAGAGAAGCGGCAGCUGACGCGCGUUAGCCCGUGCUCGUUGCCUGCAGCUGGCAUGCCGAGUGGAGGCAGCAGGAGGUCAGAAGAUGAGGGCUGUCCAACCCGCCAGCGGCGCCAAGUCCUCCCUGACUACGCAGCCGCAGCGGAAGCGUCUUCCCCUUUGUUGCCUGCGAAUGAAGGCUGGCUGUUCUCUGGGGCUCCAAGAGAGGGUUCGAGGCAGAUUGGCUCGAAUCCUUCACCCUCUGGCGAUUAUGCGGAGGGUGCUCCCGGCGCUCCCCCAGGCUUCUGCGUACCCUCAACGCUGCCGCCGGCCCUUCACCUUGAGCCAGAGGUAUUUGGUUGUAUGUACGCAAGGCCACCGCAGCUGGAAAGCGGUGCUGAGGAAGUUCUGCCUGCGGGCCUUCCCUCGCAACACUGGACGCGCAACGGAAGCAACAACGCCGCUGUCAGCCCCUCACACGUAGUGUGGAGUGACUUGCAAAGCAAUCGACAAGAAAAGCAGCAUAGGGAGAGACAGACAGCGCAGCAAGCUGAGAAGCAAGGAGCAGCCCCGUUCAGAAGACAGCCGGCUGGCUUCACUGCAGAAGUUGCAGCGGGGAAACCGUCGUCAGAGCUGGCUUGCGGAAUUUGGGGUUUCCGGCAAUCGCUGCGUGCGCCUGAGGACAUUAAGACAAGUGUAGGCAGGCAGGCAGCACAUACGCGAAGCUCAGCAGCCAGGAGCGCCCUGAACACAGACGCAAAGCUCCAACUUAAUGCUGCUAGCGCGACUGUCGGGGACGACGAGGAAACCCUCAGGCGGCUGGGGGUAAGCUUCUCCCCAAGGGAGUUGUUGUUCUUCCGGAAGCAGCCAAAUGUGAGGGGAGCUCAGAAGAGGACAGUUUCCGGGAGAAGAAGUCAUAGUUGCAAGCCCACAGGAACAGGGAGAGCAGCAGCUGAGGUGCCGCUCAAACGAAGGGGCUGCGAAGGCGCAGACCCCCCCGCCCUUUCAGCCGUGAAGUCAGAUAUCUGUGCCCUUCCUUCUUGGAUGCAAGCCUACGGGGUGUCGACAAGCAGUGCCACUCCUCCUACCCUACAGCGCGUGGGAGCACAGCGCCGCUUUCCAUCUUCGGGCUGCUCCGCCAUUUUGCGUGGGCGGCAGCCCCAAGAAUGGCCUGCGGACUGUUUGGGAGAUCACAGCGUCGCUGGCUGGGAGGAAGAGGAAUGGGGGAUGCCUUGUGGGUGCAGGUGCUGCCGCCUAAGAGGAGCACCGGCGUCAGCAGUACCAGAGGGGGGCCUAGCAAGCCCUGCCGAUCUGCCGUGCUGCUGCUGCCCGUCUUGUAGUGGGUGGCGCAUGCAGGCUGGGAGUCCCCCAGGUGACGCGAAACCAGUAUAUGGAGAGAACGACACUCACCAGAAGGAUGCGGGGGCUGCAGGUGCGGAAAGUAGAUGUUCCCGCUGUGGCAAGUGGUCAUUGAUGGCUCCCACUGGACGGCAUCCAGCUCAUCAAGACCCUACCCCCGUCAAGUUAAAAGACCGCCUCUCUCUGGAACAGGCCGCUUCCCUUUGCCCAGCCUGCGCGACUUACCUGGCAUGUGAACGCGAGAAAGCAGAGGCGGCGCCGCCCUCGGGGCCUGGGGCUACAGGCGCAGGCCAGAAAGCCAGCAAACCUGAUACGGGGAAUGCUUCUGUUGGCGGCGAUCAUACACCGGAAGACCACUACUCUGCCUCAGGCGUGCAAGAGUCCUCGUUCCGUUCAACCCCAUUUGCUCACCGGAGAAGCGCCUCCAAAGGUUCAAACUCCAGAGCGGAACAAGUGGGGGACGCUGGCGCUGCUGCCACAGCAGCUGGCAGCCGAUGCAGCCAGGUGGUGGCGGGAGAGGUAACCAGCCAGAAGAGGAGAAGUGUUGUUGCGGGGAAGAGAUCGGAUCAUAACAAUAGGUUGUCAGUAGCCAAACAGCUCUGCGCCUUUUCAAAGGGGCCUCCUGAGCCCAACAGUUUGUGGGAAAAUCCCCGCAUCGCAUCCAAAAUAUGCCGAUAUCUGUCGCUUUCGAAGUUGCUGCUUGUUCGGCGCUGCAACAAGACGUUGCUGCAGGCAGCGCAGUACCGCAUGCGCUUUAUCUUGUACAACUCUCUCUUUGUGCUGAUGCACCAAGAACAAGGAACAUCUGCAGCACAGCCAGUGAAGAUGGAAGGGCUGCACUGCCCUCUCUCAGCAGCGGCCCUCAUCCAGCUAUUGGGACUUCAGCAGAACGAAGUGGAAGAAGUUCAAGCAGGGAACUUGCCGCCUGCCUGCCCUCCCGAAGCUGCAACUCCGCGUAUGCGAGAUGUUGCAGCGGCCAUACUUCGAUCACUGGCUGAGAUAAAGGCAUCAAAGGAAGCGAAACCUCCCCCAAAGCUCAACGCUGCCCAGGGGCAGCCACUAGCGCGCAAGCAGCUGACGCGGCCAGCUGAGCCACCCCCAGCAGUCAGGAAAGACCUUCCACCUGCAGCAAGACGAUACUCGGUGACGAGAGCGGAUAUUGAGGAGCAGCAGCUGCUCUUAGAUGCGCACAUGGCAGAACAGCAGGCACACGAAGAGGCAUACCUGAAGAUAAUGCAGGAUCAGAUGGAUCGGCCGGCGAACCUCGGCUACGACGAAGCAGCAGGGCCAGUGGCUUCUCCUUGUGUAUUAUCGUUUGAUCAACGCAUCGCGGGGACGCCGGAACCGGCGACGUUGAGAAGAGUGCGGCAUGCAUUCCUUAAGCUCUGGAACUACGAUGAUGAUUCUUUUCGGCAGGCACUGGUUCGAGCAACAACCGCCUCGUAUCCGACGUGGUUGUUUGACGUUUCUGCUUUGCUGCUUCGGGCCGUAUUUCAGCUUUGUUGUAAUUCGCUUUCCGCACCUCCACUUAAAGAUUUGAUUCCCAUGUUCUCCCCCAAGCGCCGCCCACCGACGAAGGUCGAGGUGCCGUGCAGAUCUGACAGCUACUUAUGGGCCAAGAUGGCACGCAUCUCGGGGUAUGCGAUGCACCUUGUUAUCGACCAAGCCUGGCCACCUUUAAGAGACCCUGUGGUUCGCCUAGUAGCUCAGCCGUUUAUCUCUCCGGAUGUGUUGAUGAGGGGGGCAGGAGUUGAUCCGCACACACUGUAUGAGGCUGCAGCACGAGGCGCUGGAGUGACUCCUUUGGUUCUACGGCCUCCUGUAGUGGAUUCACUGGAAAUAAAAAUGUCGAAAAUUUCCCCUGAAUUCAUUUCGGAAUUCCUAGAGUAUGGACGGCAGCAGCAACUCAUACACUCUCCAGAACGUCAGCGUUCACUCCAUGGGGGCGUUCGCCAGUUCAAGGCUUCUUCAGAAAUCAUCUUGAUGAUGGAUCUGUACGAGUGGCUGGCCGCGGUAUUGACGCACAUGCAAAACACGGAAGCAUCUACCUUAAUGCAUGCAGCUUCAUCCGCUGGUGCUGCUGGAGUCCCGACGCGUAAUGAAAUCAAACCAGCAAUCCCAAGAGCGCGUGGUAGGCUAAGUCGUGAUGCUUAA